UAAAGAUUCCUAGCUGCCGGCAAAUACUUCAGUUCGCACACAUAGUUUGUACGCGCAGUGUCCUUAUUUGGUCCACAUUCUCUCUAUCUCAAUCUCUUACUCACAUAUCCUUGAAGAUGUCGUACAAAGUGGAGCCACUGCCCGACUCUUAUGCCGCCCUUGGCGAAGGUCCACACUGGGACGAGGCCCGUCAGAGUCUCUACUAUGUGGACUUGGAGGCUGGCGUCUUGUUGCGCUACGAUUACGCCCAGAACAAGAUCUAUCGCACCCAGAUCGAGGGUGAAUCCUUUGCCGGAUUUGUGCUGCCCAUCGCUGGCAACUCGCAGGAAUUCGCCGUUGGCUGCGAGCGUCGCACGGUCAUUGUGCAAUGGGAUGGUGUCUCACCCAAGGCUAAGGUGGUGCGCACUCUGUUCGAGGUGCAGCCGGAGUUUAAGGAGAAUCGCUUGAACGAUGCCAAGACCGAUCCUCAGGGUCGUUUCUUUGGCGGCACCAUGCGCUAUGUGGGCGAUGAAUUCGAGCAUCGUCAUGGCGAACUCUAUCGCUGGGUGGCCGGCGGUAAUGUGUCGCUGGUGAAGAGCGAUGUUGGCAUCUCGAACGGUCUGGCCUGGGAUGAGAAGGCUAAGAAAUUCUACUACAUUGAUACCACCGACUACGAGGUCAAGUCCUACGAUUACAACUUCGAGACUGGUGUCGCUAGCAAUCCCAAGGUGAUUUUCAAUUUGCGCAAAACCAGUCCCAAGGAUCAUUUGCUGCCCGAUGGCAUGACCAUUGACACCGAGGGUAACAUCUAUGUGGCCACCUUCAAUGGUGCCACCAUCUUCAAGGUGAACCCAAGCACUGGCAAAGUGUUGCUGGAGAUCAAGCUGCCCACUAAGCAGAUCACUUCGGUCGCCUUUGGAGGACCCAAUCUGGACAUUCUGUAUGUGACCACCGCGGCCAAGUUCGGUCAACCGGCUCCAGCUGGCACCACUUACAAGGUGACUGGCCUCAAUGCCAAGGGCUAUCCAGGCGUUGGUCUCAAGAUCUAAUCCACAUGAACAUCAUAUUAGUCUAUGUACUAUCUAUCUUUUUUUUUGUUUUGCUUUAUUCUACAACAGUGCAAUUAAAUAUUUACUCUAAAUACUGAA